AGUUUUGGCUGACUUUCGAGCUCCCUCGUUGACGCGAUGAAGUGCUACCUCGGGUGGUCCGUUGUUUUCGUCGCCGUUUUCGGCGGUGAAGCGGCCUUCAAAUGGUGCGAAACCAACGGAAAGACGGGCUGUGUGGGCCAGGCCAAGAAGUUCACCAGGAUGUUCUCUGACACUGGCAAUCCCUUCUCAUCCGUUGAAGUUGCCCCGUAUGACACUGCGAUCGUGGUGGAUUGGGACAAGGAUGGUGAUUUGGACGUCAUCGUCAACAAUGUACGAAACAAGGGAAAAGGUGAAGGUAUUCGGUACUAUGAACGGCAAGCUAGUGGCGAAUACCUCGAGCUCACUGACACCAAUCCUUUCAAGGGCAUCUACUGCACAGACUUUUCGACCCCAGAAGUGGUGGAUUGGGAUGGCGAUGGACACCUUGACUUGAUCGCCAGUGCGGGCAGCAUUGGCGACGCUUUGGCCGGAGGAUCGAUCAGGUUCUUCAAGAGACAGUCGGAUGGAAGCCUUGUGGAGCAAAAGGGCUAUGCAAACCCUUUCUCUGGCAUCAAGGGAGAGCUGGCCUUCGGAAUCCAACUAAGUGCUGGCGAUUGGGACGGGGAUGGAGACCUCGAUCUUCUGGCAGGGCAAAUCAAAGGGUUGAGGUACUACGAGCAGCGCAAUGGCCUCCUGGUCGCAGCGAACCAUUCCAACCUCGACUCUCUCAAGUCCUCCAAGUUGAUGCCGAAGGUCUUUGACUGGGAUGGCGACGGAGACUUGGACCUUUUUCUGCUGCCGAACGUCUACACUCGCAUGUUGACAGAAGGCGUUACGCCAGAGAAAUGGUCAGCGAGAAAGAUUCAGCUCCUCGAGCAACAGAAUGGCCAAACAAGGUUUGCCAUUGAUAAUCCUUUGAGCAAUAUUGAUCUCUAUGGCACUGGAAUGUCAUUGGUUGAUGUGAAUGGCGAUGGCAAGACUGAUGUGGUGUGUGGAGGGAAAGACGGCUUAGAGGUUUUCUUUCAGAACGAAGACGGCCAGCUCAAAGAAAUGUCCACAUCGGGAGUCCCUUUGUCAUCCAUACCCAUCAAAGCACGACAACAAGCUUGCAAAAAACCAUACUGUCGAGUAAGUUAUACGCCAUUGUUGGCGGACUGGGAUGGAGAUGGAGAUCAGGAUUUGGUGCUUGUUGACGGUUUCAGAGGUCGCGAUGGACCUGCUGUCCGGUUCUUGGAGCACCUGGACAAUCACUUGGUCAUCGAGCAUCCAAAUAGUCCUUUUCAGAAUAUGUCCUGCAAUAUUGAGCUUGCAUAUGGAUUUUGCAUGGCAGACUGGGAUGGAGAUGGCAUGCUGGAUUUGAUUGGCUUCACCUGGACCUCUCUCAACCACGGGAGUAGUGUGGGGAUAUGCCUACAGGUUGAUGGUAGCUUCGUGCAGAUUGACACGCAUCCGUUUCUCGGAGUGAAGUUCGGUUACUCUGACCCUUUAAUGCUCGAUUGGGACAACGAUGGAGAUUUGGAUUUGCUGGUCUUGUACAAAAAGGCCAUCUACUGGUUCGAACAGCUUUCUGAUGGAACUAGCGUGGAGCACAUCCUCGAGGUGAGGCCCAUCGCCUAUUACGCAGCCGGAGACAUGGAUGGAGAUGGUGACAUCGACCUAUUGACGGUUUCUCAGGGAAGCCAAGACGCCAAGUUCUUCGAACGGACAGAGGAUGGAGAGCUGGAACAAGCGUCCGAUGAACGGAAUCCCUUCAAGGGCAUGUUGAAAGUGGAAGAUGUGACAAAUGCCUUUGCUCUGGGAGAUUGGGAUGGUGAUGGGCAAGCUGAUGUUAUCCAUGUAACAGAUCUUGACAUUCGCCAGUACAAACAAGAGCUCGAUCAUGCUUUCGUUGAAGCGGAGAACCCUUUUGAGAUGAUUGUCACUGGCAUGAAAGGCUCUUAUGCUGACUUCUUCGAUAUGGAUGGUGAUGGCGAUUUGGACUUGAUCUUGCGAGGUUUCCGUCCCCUGCAAAGGUCUUUCAGGUACUUCGAACACAUUGACGAGGAGUUGGUGGAACGCUUUGAUGAAGAGAAUCCCUUCCACAAUGCUGAGGUACCCUAUCCUGAGACAACCUUCGCUGUUGGAGAUGUCGAUGGAGACGGCCAUGUUGACAUCGUGGAAGGGAAACUGUUUGGGUCGUUCAGCUAUCUCCGUCAAGAAAAUGGCCAUUUCAAGAGUAUGGAAGGUGACGACAAUCCCUUUGGGGCCUUGAGAGGAUCACCUUUGUCGCCUCCGUGCCCUACAUUGAUUGACUGGGAUGGUGAUGGCAACAUGGACGUAGUGGCAGGAGCUGACAGAGGACAUUUGGAACUUUAUCAACAGGUCAAUCAAAGCUUCCAGAGGGUGGAAGAGAGUCCGUUCCAGAAUGUCAGUAUCCUGGUGAUUGCAGGGCUUCCUGCAAACGACAGCCAACGGUUUGUGCAGAAAUUUGGUUCCCUGUCUGAUGCAGAAAUCAGCAAACUUAUCAGCGGGGAACCAGAAGAUGUCCAGGUGGCUGUCAAAACUUUAGUUCAAGCAGUUCGAGAGGGCUUCUGGGCCACGUGCAGCGCCUUUGUGGAUCUCGAUGAUGAUGGUGAUUUGGAUCUCAUUGUUUCGGGCGGUGCUUUUUCUGGCUUCAUCUAUUUCGAACAGGACCACGGCAGUUUCGUCAUGCGGCCAGAGAUGUUAAAGGAGGUUCCAGAAAAUCUCGGAACCCAAACGAAACCGACGGUAAUAGAUUGGGAUGGUGAUGGUUACCUUGACCUCAUCGUGACUGGCCGUUUGCAUGGAGAUAUCAACCACUUCAAUUAUUACACUCUUGGUGCUUGCUAUCCACAAUCCCAGCCCUACUGCAAACUCGGCUCUUGCAACCACAAGACGGCACAGUGCGAAUGCUACUCGGGAGUUGAAGGUUCUGAGUGCUCGCGCUGCUCCCAAUUUCAUUUCAAAGAUUUGGAGACAUGCAAGGCAUGCCCAGGGUAUAACACUUUGGAGGGUACAUGCAGCAGGCGAGGGGUUUGUGAGGAUGAUGCUGAUGCUCGGAGCAGUUCCCAAGAGUCCAACAAGUCCAAGUACCAGGUCUUGACUUCCUUCGGCUCAGGGCAGUGCAAGUGCUUGGCACCUUUCCAUGGGGAUGGGUGUCAUGAAGGGGAGUGUCCUUCUGGGCAAUUCCUCCAAGCCAAUGCAGAGGUUCCCAACAUCAGUGAUUGGUAUAGAAAUUGGGAUGCUUGUAUGCCUUGUGAGAGUGGCCGCUACAAGAUCUUUGUCGGGAAUGCUCCUUGUGAGCUAUGUGAGGCUGGGCGAUACCAGCAGUUCAUGGGCCAGACGGACUGCCUGGCUUGCCCUGCUGGCCGUUCAAGUCAGCCUGGUGCAGCGGAGUGCUAUGUUUGCCCCUAUGCUGGGACCCACUCGAGCCCCGGCAGUGCCACCUGUGAUCCAUGCCCAGAUGGCUUUGUCGCUUCCGAGAAUCACUCCACCUGCGUGAGGUGUGGGCAUGGGAGCCGCCCAAAUACCAACCGUACAGAGUGUAUCCGCUGUGAUGAGGGCUACAUCGCAGUAGCUGGCAGUGUCAGCUGCGUGCCCUGCGCUGCGGGCAGCGCGCCGAAUGACGAGAGGAGCUCGUGCAGUGCCUGCGAGUCGGGCAUGUUUGCAGCUGAGAGGUCUGAGCGGUGCCUGCCAUGUCCCGAGGGCUCGGUGCCAGAUGCCACGGGUGGCGAGUGCAAAGCAUGCCCGGGUCAGUUGUAUGCCAUGCCGGGAGACGAUGAAUGCCGUGAAUGCACGUUCCCCUUCAUGGUGCUGGGGGAGGACAAUCAAUGUACGAUUCUCUACUUUGUCCUUUUCCUUCUUGGCUUUUGCUUGCUCAUCAUCUUCAGCUACAUCAUCGCUGGAUGGGUGCGGGUUUGGUAUCUCAAGAAACACCUCAAAGACCUUGAAGCGAUGCACGAGUAUGAGGAACUGCACACUGUCAAGGCCUCCUACGCGAAGUACGGCAUGUGGCAACACAAGGCUAAUCGACUGAUCGGUGAGCGCAAGCAGAAAGUCAGCGAAGAGUCCAAACGUCUCGGAGUCUCCAUAUCCUUUGCGCUGGAUGAGCUGGAAAGUUUGUACGCGCAGAAGGCGCAGGACACGGAGUGGCGGUUCCAUGAGAUCGGCGCAGUCACGGAGUGCGGCUUCCGAGUCAAGGUCCGUUGCUGCGACCUGGAGACAGGAGCCUGCAAUUGGGGAAGCCUCAAUGUCGUUCCGCCUCCAGAAAACCCCAACUUUCACGAGAUGGCAGGACUCCUAGCGUAUGGUCCAGAUGCGCUUGGAAAAGGAAAGAUUUGUCCUCGAGAUGGCAAGCCAGACUGCAGCCUUGUUGAUGCACUACGCAAGGACGGGAAGAGUGGACCAGCAAAUUGGUUCAUGUCGUGGGCUUGGGGCUAUUCCCUGAAGAACGUAUGCGGAGCGCUACGCAAAUGGUGGACCACACAUGCUGUGGUCGCGGGGAGCAGUCCCGACUCGACCUGUGUCUGGUGGUGUUUCUUCGUGAACAACCAGUUCAGGUUGCUGCAAGAUGGCGAGACGGCAGAAACUCAAGAGCUCCUGGCAGUGUUUGCCAAGCCUUUGGAAAGUGCAGGCAAAGUGCUGAUGUGCAUGGACAAGUUCAAAGAGUGCUCUUACACUAGUCGAAUCUGGUGUAUUUUCGAGGUCUUCUCUGCCGUCCGCCGGAGCAUUCCAAUCACUUUGAUCAUGCCGGAGCUCAACAUCGAUAAGUCCGAAAUGCCCAUCGUGACACUGAAGGAAUUGAAAGCGGCCUGCAGCAUCGAUGCUGCACAAGCUCAAGCCUCCGUGAAGGCCGAUGAGGACAUCAUCAAGGCACACAUUUUGGCAACAAUGGGAUCCUUCACCUAUGUGAACCAGACCGUGGAAGAGGCCUUGUGGAUCGAGGUGAUCAAGGUUUUAGAGGAAAGCACUGCUAGCACCGCAAGCGGCGCAAGCGGCGCGACCGCGGACUCCUCCACUGACCUCACCAGGUCUGGCGAGUAUACAUCUUCCUCAACAGAAGGAAUCCAGAUCCAGACCAGGAACCUGAACCCAGCAGGAUGCUGCCUGCAGUGAUGCACUAAAGCGGCGAUGAGAUGCGUUGCUGGGCGGCUGGCUGCCCAGAUAAUUAGUUCUUGCGCUGACGUUCCGUUUGAAGCAUGCAAAUUGCUGCGUUUGCGCGGUCCAUCACAGCGCUGUGCAUAGAGCCAACACCCAAGCCUCAAACAUGUCUCAAAGACACCGGUGGUCACGCCCCUCUGGGAGGACGAUCAAGAAGCA